AUGGCAGAAAAUCAAGAUAUACCAAUGGCGAAUAGCGAAGCUGAUAACAUUACGACUAAAGUCCCGGGUAAUCAUGAAGACCAAAAGAUGGAACAUGAAAGCUCUCCGCAACCGCCAAGUCCUCCGCCACCAGCGGAUAUGGACACUCAAGAGAUUAUUAUUGUUAAUGAAAAUACUGAAGAACUCGACUUAAAUCACGGCAGGAUUGGAAAGAUUGAGAAUCUAGAGCCUUUGAAGAAUUUGGAAAGACUAUAUUUGCGAUGGAAUCUUAUAAAAAAGAUUGAAGGUCUAGACACACUGACUACUUUAGUUGAGCUUGAGUUGUAUGACAAUCAAAUUGUUGUCAUAGAAAAUUUGGAUAAACUUGUUAAUUUGGAAAUUCUAGAUCUGUCUUUCAAUAGAAUCAAGGAGAUAACAGGCUUAGAGAAACUGUUGAAUUUAAAGAAAUUAUUUUUGAGUUCUAACAAAAUUACUGAAAUUAAAAAUGUAAAUCACCUGACGAAACUGGAAUCAUUGGAGCUAGGCGACAAUCGCAUUCGGGAAAUAAAAAAUCUUGAAGGCUUAAAGUCAUUGAAGCAACUUUACUUGGGUAAGAAUAAAAUAACCAAAAUCCAGAACCUAGAUGAUCUUACGGGUCUCGAAAUAUUGGUUUUGCAAAGCAACCGAAUCACGAAGAUCGAGAAUCUGGAACAAUUAACCAAUUUAGAGCAGCUAUACAUAUCUGAGAAUGGUAUAACAGUGAUGGAGAACAUGGGUAGUCAAGUCAAACUUCAGACAUUGGAUCUAGCCAUGAAUAGGAUCUCUGUUAUAGAGAAUAUAAGACAUAUGAGCGAUCUUGAGGAAUUAUGGCUGAACGACAAUCAAAUAUCGGACUGGUCAUCAGUAGAAUAUUUGCAACAGAACAAGAAAUUAGCUACAAUAUAUCUAGAACGGAAUCCUCUAGCAUCGGAUCCAGCUUAUAGGAGGAAACUGAAGCUGACCCUGCCGUCGCUGCAGCAGAUCGAUGCUACGCUGUGUAGAUAA